AUGUCUGAAAUCGACGGCAUUCGCGUAGUUACGGUGGGCUGCGGCCAUGGGAGCCUGGGCUUGAUUUACGACCAGGUCGAUAAGGUCGCGGUCGAGCAGGGCUGGGACACCGUCGAUUGUGUCAUCAUCGGCGGAGACUUCCAGGCGCUGCGCAAUGCCAACGAUGCCGCCUGUAUCUCUGUCCCCGCCAAGUGGAAGAAGAUGGGUGACUUCAAAGACUACUACGAGGGCCAACGGGUGGCCCCGUACUUGACCAUAUUCUGCGGCGGGAACCAUGAAGCUAGCAACUUCCUCUUUGAGCUGUACUAUGGUGGUUGGGUCGCGACUAAUAUCUACUACCUCGGCGCAGCAAAUGUUAUUCGCCUCGGAGAUCUGCGCAUCUCUGGAAUGUCCGGGAUCUGGAAAGGCUACGACUAUCGGAAGCCUCACUUUGAACGACUUCCAUACAACCAUGACGACCUGCAUAGCAUCUACCACUUGCGCGAACUCGAUGUCCGCAAGCUCCUGCAGAUUCGUACUCAGAUUGACGUCGGUUUGUCCCACGACUGGCCUCGGGGGAUCGAGUAUUCGGGGAACUUCAACCAGCUCUUCGCGCGCAAGAGAGGCUUUCGCGAGGAUUCUGAGCACGGCCGACUAGGUAAUGUUGCGGCCCGCGAGGUCUUGGAUCGCCUGCGUCCUCCGUACUGGUUCUCCGCUCAUCUGCAUGUCAAAUUUGCGGCCGCCAUGGCCCACGAUGGAGUGUCCCUCCGCAAGGUCGACGGCCUGAACCAACAAAUCCCGACUUGGAGUGUUGAAAUAGAUCCCGAGAGCAUCCCAAGUGGAUCUGGCCUGUCGCUCGAUCCCUCCAGAAGUCCCCCGCCUGAAUUUACCACCAACGAAAUUCGCUUUGCUGAGGGGGCCCAGGAAGAUCGUACUUCCGCAUGGCAGUACUUUGCCAGUGGUGCCGCGCAUCAGACAGAGCAGAAACAUUUCAAAGCUGAGAACAAGGCCUUCGUGGAAAUGCUCCAUAACAUGAAAGACCCUCCAACUACUAAUGCUCCCGAGACUUCACCGACAGGAGGUGAUGUGCUGACUGCUACAAACAACGACGAGAUCAACCUUGACUCGGACAGUGAUUCGGACAAGGGCUCGCCUUCGAACACCACGACUCCUGUCAAGCCACCUAAGGCCGCAAAGACGGAGGCCAUGGUUCUCGAUGGUGCUAAUGAUAUCAAGACUCCCGAGAAACCGCUCAUUGAAGAGGCUCUUCCAGACAGCUUGCGUACCAAGCUACCUGCUAGCUUUGCUCGCGGCCCUACUUCCAUUCGCACCUCUUCUACCCCCAGUAACAACCGCCGCAAGAAGAUCAUCCCUGAAGCCAUCACCAACAAGCUGACGAAGUUCCUGGCGUUGGAUAAGCCUUGCAAUCGUGAUGAUUACGUUCAGCCCAUGAUGAUCAAGCCUUUAAGUUCCCAGGGAGACGCCACAAUCAAAGGUCCCCUACGUCUCUCAUAUGACAAAGAGUGGCUUGCUAUCACUCGUGUCUUCGCCAGUGAUCUGGUUCUCGGGGACCCUGCGGCUGAGGUCCCACCUGACCUAGGCGAGGCUUCGUACCUUGCUCGCAUCCUCGAGGAGGAGGCAUGGGUGGAGGAGAACAUUGUGCAGCGCGGUUUGAUGGAAAUUCCCCACAACUUCCAGUGCAGUGCGCCUAAAUUUGACCCAAAUGUCGAUCCCGCUAGCUCGGACCAGCCCAAGGAGUACAGCAACAUCCAGACUAGUGAAUUCUGUGAGCUGUUGCAAAUCGAAAAUAAAUUCGACAUCCCUGAUUCCGAGCGCUUGGCCCGGAUGACCGCUGGACCUCGCCAUGAUGGCCCUGGCUUUAGCUCCCGUGGCGGUCGUGGAGGUGCCGGCCGCGGUAGUGGUCGUGGCGGUCGCGGUGGUCGCAGUGGUCGCGGUGGUCGCGGUGGUCGCCGUUAUUAG